AUGGUGAUGACUGUGGUGGAAACCUUGGACACGGUGCUGAGGGGAGUGGUGGAUGAGGAUGGAGCAACAGGCUUACUAGAAGCAGGCACUGGAGUUGAGCUUACAGGCUUGCUGGACACUGGAGUUGAGCUUCCUGGUUUACUGGACACGGUACUGAGGGGAGUGGUUGAUGUAGCAGGUUUGGUAGUGGUUGGAACUGAGGAAGAGGUCGGUGGCUUGGAUGAUGAUGGUGGGACUGAGGAUGAAGUUGGUGGUGGUGGUGGCUUUGAAGAUGAAGGUGGGACUGAAGACGAAGUUGGUGGUGGUGGUGGCUUGAAUGAUGAUGAAGGUGGGACUGAAGACGAAGUUGGUGGUGGCGGUGGCUUUGAAGAAGAAGAAGGGGGGAGCGAGGACGAAGUGGUCAAUGGACAGUAG